AUGUCAGACUUGGCAACGGCGCGGGCGUACUCGACUGACUCGGCGGGGAUGCACCUUUCGCACAUGCUCCCUCUCAAGCUCCGCGCCAUUGCCGAGGCAGGUUUCACGCAGACUGAGCUUGGCUUGCCGGAUAUCCAGGCGUACGCCGAGCAACUAUUUCCGGGGUACCAGAAUUCGGAUAAUAGAGGAAGGCGCGAUAUCGAGAAGUUAUGCGAGGCUGCGACGAAGAUCGGCGCGCAGUGUGAGAAACUUUGUUCGUUCUUGGUUCGCCAGGUUCGAGAGGUAUGA